CCUCCAUGGAUGCCAUCCUGGAACGGCUGGCUGGGGUCCAUACUCCGGUGGCUCCUCCGUCCUUCCCCCCUUCUCCCCCGGCCCCUUCCUUGAAGGUUUCUUCCGGCGCUCCUCCCGAAACCAUCGACUUGGUGGAUGACGAGGAGGUGCUUCCGGGAGAAGGCCAGGGGAAAGGGCGGGACUUCUCGGAGGAAGCCGCCGAGGGUGCUGGAGACCCUCAAGCUCUCCCAGUGGUAGCAGAGGAGGACGAGGAGGAGUCUGAAGUGGCUCUGACCCGCAAGCGCAAGGGCAAGAUGAUCGCCCAAGACGAACCGAAGAGGCCUCGGAGGGCCGAUACUCCCGCUCAUGGCCUAGACGGCGGGGUGUCUCCGAUGGAGGAAAAUCCUGCUCCUCCUCGCAUUGAACUUACCCCGAUUCCGGGGGAUGAGGCAAGGCAGGAGCUUCGCAUAGCCAAGCACAACUACGCUAUGGACGAGUACUCCCGGGGAUAUGCCGAUGUGGAGGCCCUUAGGAGAAUUCUGCGGGCGGAGGUUGAGGCGAGCAUUAACCAUCCGGACUAUCAUGAUCCGUGGAACCUCAACCUGGAUCCUUUGGCGGACUGGUUCCGUCCCCUCCUAGGGCCCACUCUGGCUCCUUUUGCCGCGGAAAUGACCGGUGAGUUCGCUUCUCAGCUUACACGCUGUGCGCCCAAGCGGUUUGCCACUUGCGCUUCCCUGAACUCUAUCUUCCAAGUCCAGGACCUCAGCCAUUCCCUCACAGUGCUUGCAGCUGAGGCUGGUCGCCUCUCCAAGAACAUCAUAAGCCAUGGCUUCGCUCUGUCCGAUUUUGGGGACAUGAACGACGUCAAGAAGGUCCUCCAAGACCUUACUGCGGAGAGGCAGAUCUACCAGGAGGCCGCCGAACGCCAGGAAGCAGCGGCCACGGCUAAGGAAGAGAGGGCCAAGGCCAGGGAGGAGGAGGCCAUCCGGAGGGAAGCUCAGGCGGAGGACAUGAUCCAGGCCGAGGCCCAGCGGAGAGGCAGGAUGGAGGCCCAUCAUCAGGAGGAGUUAAGGGCUCAAACCGAGGCUGCCGAGAAGGCUAGGCGGGACCUUCGGGAGGCCAGGGAGGCUUUGGACGAAAUGGCCGGCAAGGUGAGGUCUCUAGAGGAGACUCACCAGUCGGAUAUUGAAUCCAAGGCCGCUCUGGCUGCGGAGUUGAAGGAGCUUCGGGACUAUAAAGAUCAGUCUAUUAGGAAGGCCAAGAGGGCCGAGCUCCUUUCUCCCGUCUCCUGCGCCCGGUGCCCGAAGCGCUUUGAUGAUGGUGUCUACAUGGCUUGGGCCACCAACGAUCAGAGUAUCAAGCUUUCUUUCUACCCCAAACCCGAGGACAUGAUUGCCAAAUUUCGGGAGAAGAAGAAGAGACUUGAUGCUGAGCUUGAGGCACGGAUCGGACCUCGUCUUCCGCCACGGGCUGACUGAGCUGCCCUAUUAUUGACCCAGAUUGUACCCGUUCUUUUCAUAACUCUUUUUUUUUUCUUUGUACACACUUGCUGCUGCCUUAGAACAGUUUACUUA